CUUGCUUUUGUUGUUCUCCGAAACCAGAGACGGAGAGUAGCCAAGACACUCCCGGCUCACAUACAACCCUCUAUCCGCCGGCCCAAUGCGUCGUGCGGCUUUUCAAGCCCUUCGUACUGCCCGUCGCGUGCCAGCAUGGAAGGUCACUGGUAGGAAACCGUGCGCCGUGUCCUUCUCCAGCAGUCGGAGUCUCGGUCUACGUGCUUCCUCCACGGGCAAACACCCCUCUUAUCUCCCCGCCCCCCUCCAGUCGUCGAUGCAUCUUCGGAACUUCUCGAUCGCUGUCAUUUCGACCGCCGUCGCCUCGGGCGCCUGGUACGCUUAUCAGGGCACCGGCCAGACAUCGGCGGGUCUGAACCCAACCUCGUCGCAACUCCGUUCGUAUUCGACCGCUGGCGCACAAGCUGAAGCCCCUGCGGAGGCCACUCGACGUGCACUGCUGGUGGAUAAUGACCAGUUCUUUACCGCCCCUAUCUCCGGAGAUCAGCCAUUGUCCAAGCACACGGACGAUUCCGACCGUCGAGUUCUCGAAAUGUUGACCCCAGAGCAAGCCACACAGAAGCUCAGGAAGAACGAGGAGUCAUAUCUGGUGAACCGGGGCAAGGGAGUGGUCCGCUACGAUAUUGUGCAGGUGCCUAGUAAUUCUCCAAUUGAGGAUGAUCAUGCCGAAAAGAUUAUCGAGGUGCCGUCGUCCGUAGCGGCAGCCAAUCAAGGCGAAUCCAAGAGUGACUGGAUGUUCUGGGCGGUGUUUGAUGGUCAUUCAGGCUGGACAACAUCUGCCAAGUUGCGCAAUGUUCUCAUCUCCUACGUCGCUCGUGAAUUGAACACCACCUACAAAGCCGCAGCUGCCGACCCCUCUCUGUUGACGCCCUCGUCCGCUGCCAUUGACGCCGCGAUCAAGCAAGGGUUCACUCGUUUGGACGACGAUAUUGUGCACAGCAGCGUCGACAAGGUGCUCAAGUCCAACUCGCGCCGGGUCGCAGCCGAGAUGCUUGCGCCUGCUCUUUCCGGAUCUUGCGCCCUUCUUGCUUUCUACGACUCUCAAUCUAAGGAUUUGAAGGUCGCCUGCGCAGGUGACUCCAGAGCUGUUCUGGGUCGUCGUGCUGCGAACGGUAAAUGGACCGCAACGCCUCUCUCUGAGGACCAGACUGGUGGAACUCCGUCUGAGAUGAAGCGUCUACGGGAGGAGCAUCCUGGAGAGCCUAACGUUGUGCGCAACGGACGGAUUCUCGGACAGCUCGAGCCGAGUCGCUCUUUCGGAGAUGCAUUCUACAAGUGGAGCAGGGAUACCCAGGACAAGAUCAAGCGACAGUUCUUUGGUCGCACUCCCCAUCCCCUGCUGAAGACCCCUCCCUACGUGACUGCCGAGCCGAUUGUCACCACCACAAAGAUGGAGCCCGGCAGCGGUGACUUCCUUGUCCUUGCAACCGACGGUCUCUGGGAGAUGUUGAGCAACGAGGAGGUUGUCGGUCUUGUCGGCCAGUGGGUUGAGCAGCAGCAGCAGCUCGGCGCCAGUGGCAGCAACAAGGCCUGGCUGAAGAGCUGGUUUAGCUUUGGCAACAAGUCUGAGCUGCCAGUUGAGGGGCCCAAGGCGACCGACGCUGAAGGCCAACGUCGUCCCAUCCGCCAACAGCAGUACGACAUCGCUGGAGCAGCCAGCCGCUUCACCGUUGAGGAUCAAAACGCUGCGACUCACCUUGUGCGCAAUGCCAUGGGUGGAAAGGACAAGGAGAUGGUCUCCGCCUUGCUGACUCUCCCCAGUCCUUAUUCCCGCAGAUACCGUGACGACGUAACUGUCGAGGUCAUCUUCUUCGGCGAGGGCCCUGACAACCGCACCGUCACCAUCAACGAAGAGGCCAGCGCAUCCGAGGAGAGCGUCAAGGCCAAGCUGUAGUUUAAACCCAUAACUUUUACCAUAAGACAUUAUUACGAUUGGCGCCAAAGAGACAGAAAAGAGAGACGCAAGAAAACAUGCUUGAUCCCAUUUCCACUUCUUAUUCUUUGUCUUUGAUGCCCGUUCGUGAUACAUGCAUACACGGUUGACGGCAUUUCCUGUCUUUUAUGGUUUUCUUUCACCCUGACUAAAUGGACUGGCAGUACAGCCGGCGUUACGCGCGCGGAGCCUGAUGGGGAACUUACUCUUGCUUUAGUAUGCAUUAAUUAGCAUGAAAUGAGAUACAC